AGUGUGGGCAAAUCCUCGUCAGCGCCCGCUUUGUCCCCUGCCGCCGAGACUGCGAGCUGCGAGCGAGGCGCCAUGGCGGAAACCCCACUGAUUCCUCGCGUCAGGCUCGGCACCCAGGGACUGGAGGUGUCCAAGCUGGGGUUCGGGUGCAUGGGCCUGACGGGCGCGUACAACUCCCCGCUCGGCGAAGACGCCGGGAUCGCCGUCAUCGCGCACGCCUUCCGCCGCGGCGUCACCUUCUUCGACACCUCCGAUGUCUACGGCCCCCACACUAACGAGACCCUCCUCGGCAAGGCGCUGAAGCAGCUGCCGCGGGAGCAGGUGCAGGUGGCCACCAAGUUCGGGAUCCGGCGGGACACCUUCGGCACGGGCACCGUGUGCGGCCGCCCGGAGUACGUGCGUGCCUGCUGCGAGGCCAGCCUUCGCCGCCUCGGCGUGGACUACAUCGACCUCUACUAUCAGCACCGCAUAGACACCACCAUUCCCAUCGAGGACACGAUUGGUGAGCUCAAGAAGCUGGUGGAGGAAGGGAAGGUCAAGUACAUUGGGCUGUCGGAGGCGAGCCCCGACACUAUCAGGCGUGCUCACGCCGUGCACCCGAUCACCGCCGUGCAGAUGGAGUGGUCUCUGUGGUCUCGCGACAUCGAACCUGAGAUUGUGCCUCUAUGCAGAGAAUUGGGGAUUGGAAUUGUUCCUUACAGCCCGAUUGCUCGUGGGUUUUUCGGUGGAAGAGGGGUCACGGAACAAGUGCCUGCUGAAUCUAAUCUGAAAGGACACCCACGGUUUUCAGCAGAAAAUCUGGAGAAGAACAAGAUUCUUUAUCUGAAAAUGGAAGAACUAGCCAAGAAGCACCAGUGCAGCCCUACUCAACUAGCUUUAGCUUGGGUUCUGCAUCAAGGGGAUGAUGUGGUUCCAAUACCAGGGACAACUAAGAUCAAGAAUCUAGACUCCAACAUUGACUCCUUUAAGCUAAAGCUAACAGAAGAUGAGCUGAAAGAAAUUAGCGACCAGAUACGCGAAGAAGAUGUGGCCGGCGGGAGGCAAUAUGCGUUCUUUGCGCAUACCACCUGGAAAUAUGCAGACACACCAAAGAAGUAAACGUACAAAAUAUUUUGGAGACAGUGAUAUGCGCGAACAAAACAACCAUUGCAUGGUAUCUGCUAUUGUGCUGAUUGGUGGUGCCUGAAUCUUGCGAAUGCCCCUCCUAAAUAAUGUACUCCCUCCGUCCCUAAAAAAGCUGCUCAAGUUUAUCUAGAUACGGAGGUAUAUAGACACAUUUUAGUUAUAGAUACGUCCGUAUCUAGAAAAUGUUGAGCGGCUUUUUUAAAGACGGAGGAAGUACUACGAAUAAAAACAGAUGUACCAUCUCCAUGAACCAUGUAAUUUUCUAUCUUCUAGUGUAAGAUAAGACUGAGACUAUACUAGAUACUAGUUGAAUGCCCGUAGGUUUGCUACGGCUCAUUAUUUUUUCGUCAUUAUACAUGUAAAACAUAAUCCAUGUGAAAAUUUUGGUGGCAUGGAGAAAACAAAUGAAAAACUAUUUUUUUAUCAAUAUUUCAACGGCAGCAUCAUCCAGCCGUUUGGUUUACUCAA